AUGUCAGAAAACCAGCAGCCCACCAACCUUUCGAUUGGUUCGGGCGAUAUUGCGCUGCGUCUGACGCGCAGCACCCUGCUGCCGUCGUCGCCCAACUGCCCCUCGCUUUCGUCGAGACCCCCUGGUGAUCUCCCCAAGGUGGCGCUGGAUGUCGAGGCCCUGCUUGCCUCUGCAUCGCCCCCGCUGCUGCCUGACGCAGAGCAGCAGAUUGAGGGGCUGCUGAGUGCGGUGUUGGCAACGCCAUCCACGCCGCUGCUGCCACCGAGCGACCUCGAGUUUCUACUUCCCGCCACAGCCGCCCCCUCGGCGGCCCCCAAGAGCCCGAGCCCUGCAUCCACAGUGGUCGAGGACAGCCUGGGCCCCUGCACGGUGUUUUCAAUGCCCGAGAGCGAGGUGGCCGGCUGGCUGAACCGCGAGCAGGUGACCGGAAACUUCCGGUUCGUGCAGUGCGGCGGCAAGAAGAAGCGCGUCCACGGGUGGUACUGGAAGUACGUGUGCCACUGCUACGGCCGCCCCGAGGUCAAGGUCCGCGCGAAGAAGGGGAAGCGCGUGCGCGCCGGCCGCAUUGCUAAGGCUGCGCGCGCGUCGAAGAAGGUCGGGUGCCCGUGCGCUGCCUACAUCACGUGCGCCUACGACGGCACCGCGACCCACAGCGCGCAGAAGCACCGCCGCCGCGAGUCGCAGCAGUUCUCUCCCGAGGCCUCGCCGACUCUGACCGUGACUGGCGAUGAGCCGACGGCCAACAUUCCGCUGCUGCUGGAGCUGCCAGGCAGCGAUGUGCCAUCCAAGGAGAGCGCUUUGCUGCCGGGCGUACAGGUGGCGACGCAGCCGUCGGCGGGCGUCGAGCAGUGGAUGGCGCUGUGGAAGACGCUGGGCCAUCUGCCGUUUGUCGAGUCCGCGCCAUUCUCGUUUGGCUUUACCACUGUCCCGUCGCUUGUCUUGUCGCUGGAACGCGCUAUGGGCACCAACAUCAACGGAUACCCGCUGUAUACGCUGUCCGUGGUCAGCACCGAGACCAGCAGCAGCGAGCCGCUGGCAUACCUGACGUGUCUGCUGGAUCCCGACGACAUCGCCGGCCACACGGCCAUCAACCUGGUGUUUGGCAGCGAGUGUCUGGUGCUGUGGGCCAUGGACCGUCUGAAGGCCUGGUGGCUGGCUGACGCCCUGCCAGUGCACACCCAUGCGCGUGCCCUCAACUACAGCAACGGCCGCCUUGUCGAGGAGGUCAUUUGGGCAUUGCUGACCCUGGCUAUCGAAGGAGACCCCCACCGGCGCCCGCCAAAACCGCCUAUGCGCUUUAACGCACUUUCGAAUCUAUGCACCAAGACUGUGCGCAGGGUCUGCGCGACACUGUUCUACCUGGCAGCCGCUGCGUCGCUGUGCAUGCAUGCACUGGCCGUGAAGCACGAGGACUUCAAGACCUGCGAGCAAGCAGCGUUCUGCCGCCGGCACCGCACAUUCGCUGAGCUGGCGCUCAAGCAACCCUCGUCGUCGUCGUCGUACUCUGUGCUGGAGAGCACUGUGAAGCUGGACGCCCACCGCCUGGUAGCACAGGUGCAGAGCCGCGAGGCCAAGGUGCCGCUGCAGCUGGAGGUGACCUUUUUGGAGAGCGGCACUGUGCGCGUGCGCGUGCAGGAGGCCGACCCGCUCCGCCCCCGCUUCGACGACACCCAAAAGUACCCAGAGAGCCUGAAGAUGACGUCGGCGACAGUGGACGGGCGCGUGCAGCACACGGUGAAGUACGCAGACGGCGGCUUCAGCGUGCGCCUGACCGAGCAGCCGUGGGCGCUGGAGUACCUGCAGGAGGGCCAGCCGGCGAUCCAGCUGAACACAAAGGGAUUCUUCAACUUUGAGCACCAGCGCGAGAAGACAGACGUGGACGACGUGGACGGCGGGUGGGAGGAGACAUUCAACACUUGGACUGAUUCGAAGCCGCGCGGGCCCGAGUCGUUUGGAUUGGACAUCAGCUUCCGCGGCUUCGAGCACGUCUACGGCAUCCCCGAGCACGCGUCGCCGACCUCGCUGAAGACUACCCGCGGCGGCAGCGACGCAUACACGCAGCCCUACCGCCUGUGGAACCUGGACGUAUUUGAGUACGAGCACGACUCGCCGAUGGCGCUGUACGGCGCCAUCCCGUUCAUGGUGGCCCAUCGCGCCGAGGCGACUGUGGGUGUGUUCUGGCUCAACGCUGCCGAGACAUGGAUCGACGUCACACGCGAGAAGGCUGGCGCGCUGGGUGGCCUCUUUGGCGGCGCCAAGGACCCCGAGGUCGCCACGCACUGGGUCAGCGAGUCGGGCGUCAUGGACGUGUUCCUGCUGCCCGGCCCAUCGGUUGCCGACAUGUACCGCCAGUACGCCGAGCUGGUCGAGCCAACGCCGCUGCCGCGCGAGUUUGCCCUUGGCUACCACCAGUGCCGGUGGAACUACCUGGACCAGAACGACGUGCUGACGGUCAACAAGAAGCUUGAGGAGAGCAAGAUCCCCUACGACGUCCUCUGGCUGGACAUUGAGCACACCGACGGCAAGCGCUAUUUCACCUGGGACUCGGCCAAGUUCCCCGAUCCUGUGGCCAUGCAGCAGCAGCUGGCGGCGGGCGGGCACCGCCUGGUGAACGUGGUUGAUCCGCACAUCAAGCACGACCCCGAGUACCGCGUGUGGAAGGAAGCCAAUGACAGCGGGUUCUUUGUCAAGAACAAGGCCGGCUCCGACAACUACCAGGGCUGGUGCUGGCCGGGCGACUCGAACUGGGUCGACUACCUCAACCCGAACGCGUCGCAGUGGAUCAGCGAGCAGUUCCACCUGGACAAGUACGCCGGGUCCACCAAGGACUUGUUUGUGUGGAACGACAUGAACGAGCCGUCGGUGUUCAACGGGCCCGAGAUCUCGAUGGAGAAGGACAUCACACACUACGGCGGGUGGGAGCACCGCGAUGUGCACAACAUCUUUGGCAUGCUGUACCACAAGGCCACGGCCGACGGGCUGCGCACGCGCGAGUCGCCUAACAUGCGGCCGUUUGUGCUGUCACGCGCGUACUUUGCCGGCUCGCAGCGCUACGGCGCCAUCUGGACCGGCGACAACGCCGCCAACUGGGAGCACCUGCGCGCGUCGGUACCGAUGAUCCUGAGCAACAACAUUGCCGGCAUGCACUUCUCCGGCGCCGACGUCGGCGGGUUCUUUGGCAACCCUGACGCCGAGCUGCUGACGCGCUGGUACCAGCUCGGCAUCUGGUACCCGUUCUUCCGUGCCCACGCACACAUCGACACGAAGCGUCGCGAGCCGUACCUGCUGGGCGAGCCGUACACAUCGAUCAUCCGCGACGCCGUGCGCGAGCGCUACCGCCUGCUGCCGUACUGGUACUCCCUGUUCCGCGAGGCGAGCCAGACGGGCAUGCCGCUGGUGCGUCCGAUGUGGAUGGAGUUCCCAGGCGAGGCCGCGCUGUUUGCCGACGAUAGCGCGUUCAUGGUCGGCCCAGCGCUGAUGGUGGUGCCGGUCACGAGUCCGGACAUGGCUACCGUUGAUGUGCGCUUCCCGACACAGCAGACCUGGUAUAGCUGGGAGACACAUGCGAUCUUCUCGGGCCCACUGAAGCGCCAGUUCCUGCCGACACUGGAGACCACGCUGGUGUUUGUCAAGGGCGGCUCGAUUGUGCCGACACGCGACCGCCACCGCGCGUCAUCGGCGCUGAUGAAGCGCGACCCGUUCACCCUGUACGUGUUCCCGAACCGCCUGGGCAUGGCCACUGGCCGCCUGUAUGUUGAUGACGGCGACUCGUUUGACUACGCCCACGGCGCCUUUGUUGAGCGCGAGCUGUCCUUCGCCAACGCAACGCUGACGUCGCGCAGCCUGCAGGAGCCCACGGACGAGACGCCGGAGCGGAGUGCCUUCCUGGAGCAAAUCAAGAAGGUGCGCGUCGAGCGCGUCGUCAUCAUGGGCCUGCGCAACCCCAUUGCCUGGGCCACUGUGCGCGAGGGCGACGAUGUCCGCAAGAUUGCCGUGGACUACCAGGGCGCGAAGAAGGACUCGGAGCUCGUUAUCCGCGACCCGGCUGUGCUUAUCACCAACGACUGGUCCAUCGAACUGAGCCAAUAG